GAAUGUAAAACCUGCCAACUACCAACCUACCGAAAUCAACCGCGGGAAAUUAUAUGGCUCAAUUGCAGCAUACACGGUGAGUUUUAUCGGGUUCCGUGAGGACAAUUGAAUACAUCUAUUUCUGAGUUGACAAGUGAAAUUUUUUCCGGCUCGAUUUUGCCAUUUUUUAUUUCAAUAUAAUAUCUCAUCGUGGUUGGCUUGUUUCAGCACGAUUUUCAGAGUUUUUUCUCGCAGACGAGCACGUUAAUAUUUUGUCUAAUUUUCUCUGCUUAAAUCUUUGCGUGUGUCCUUAAAUAGAAGCAACAGGAUUUGUUAUUGUCCCUUUGGUUGGUUGUGUUGAAAAAAAGAACACAGUUUAGAGUUAUUUGAAAAAAAAAAAAAAAAAAACAAAGUUCGUUUGUGUGAGCGUAUUGAUUGAUUCCUUGUUCCCCUUGUUUCAUUCCCAACCUUUCUUGUUCCCUUCAGCCGUUCUGCUACUUCCUUUAUUUCCCUUUAUUUUCUCGAGUUUUCAAAGACAUCGGGCCCUGCUUACAUUCGUUUUCAUUCUUCCUUCUCUCAUUACUCCCGCAGAAUCAUAAAAUGCCCAGCGUGAUAUCAGAAGCCUCCCAAUUUCCCCCCGUAGGCCCAAACAGAGUUGCUUCACAGCAAGAUGCCGAUGUUUUUUCUGCUGUUGGAAUUGGAGCCGACCUCAGUAGCUUUGGUGCUGAUACUGAGCUCUUAAAACACAUGUUCAGUGCCUUUGUCGGAAAAGCCUUGGACGACUACGCUCAAGGAAACCCGUCCGCCUACGAAGACAUGUGCAGACAGUUUUCAGCAGCAGCCGACGCUGAUGACGCGCCUUCCUCUUCUCAGCUGCAGAAUCUGCUCAUGGCUCUCACUCGAAAUGUAUCGAGGUUAGAUUCCUCAUGCAGUUCCUUAAUAUCGAGCAUUUUAAGUACAAAUUGGAGCAUGCGUGAUGAUGCCUUUGUAUCCUCGUACGUACGCUUCCUCGGAAACCUCUUGUCUGCUCAGUCGACGUACAUGCCUCUGGUGAUGACGAUGAUCGUUCAGCAGAUGUGUUUCCAACCAUCUAGUCAGUCUGUCCAAUAUGAACGAGCUCAUUUAGCCUUGAAGUACGUACUUGACUUGGUCCCUCGCGCACAUUCGCAUUUGUAUAAUACAAUUAUCGAAGAGUUUCCAUACAAGGACGAAAGCUUAACGGCUCAAAUGACCUACAUUUCAAAUAUUCUUUCCAUUUGUGAAUACGUGCCCUCAAUCAAAGGGCAUGUUAUUCGUGCCAUUAUUGACAAACUUAUCCAAGUAGAUGUUGAGCUGCACACCGAGCUGGAGGAUUUCGACGAAGAAGAAGACGAUGAUGAUGAUGAGGACGUCGAUUCGGAGAGCGAGAAAAGUGCAAGCGACGACUUGCUUACCGCUUCCACUCUCUAUGAACUGCAUGAAUCGGCAAAUGGAGAGACAGCGAUGGAGCCUAUGUCGAUGGACGUGCCCGAGACCUCCCCGAAGUUACUUGUGGAGCAGCUUGAUCAACUUCUCUACAUGCUAUUUGCAUAUCUUGACUCAAACUUAUCCCCCAUCAACGUUGAUCGUGAAAUCGUCUACAAUUAUCUCAUUAACUCUUUCGUCAGUACAGUGCUGAAUACCUUCCAAUCGCGCUACGUACAGUUCCUCAUUUUCUGGGCCUCACAAAAAGAUCCGGAAUUCACGGAUAUUCUGUUGGGUGUCCUGACUGAGGUAUGCUUGGAUCCCUCAAAAUCUUGCACAAUAAGAAUUAGUAGUGCGAUGUACAUCGGAUCGUACGUCGCUAGAGCAAAGUCUUUAGAUCCCCAAACUAUUCGUGUAAUGGUGAACAUGCUCUGUCGUUGGAUAGAGGCGUAUCUUGACCAGUACGAAGAUGACAAGUGUGAAGACUUGUUGUCUAAACACUCUGUGUGCUACGCCAUUAUACAGAGUGUCUUUUACAUUUUUUGCUUCCGUUGGAAAGAGUUGAAACUUUCCAGUGAGAACGACAGUGUUGGAGACAAAUUCGAAUGGUUGCCUGGACUUGCUGUUCUUCAAAGAGCUGUUCUAUCUCGUCUAAAUCCUCUACGAUUCUGUUCUACAAAUGUUGUGCAGCAAUUUGCCAAGGUUGCUAAUCAUCUCAAUUUCCUGUAUGUGUUCACAAUUAUUGAACACAACCGUAAAAGUACAAUCCGUGAGGGUUUCGAAACUAUAGAUUGCUUUUUCCCCUUUGAUCCACUUCGGUUACCCAAGGUGCUUACAUUUGUUCAACCUUACUAUAAUGAGUGGAGGCCUAUUCCCGGAAUGGAUGAUGACGAUGAUGAUGAUUUGUCAGACGCAUCGGACUCCGAGUAAGAAGUUUAUGAUUGUGCUGUUGAUGUUUGAUCAUAAGCUUGGAAAACCAAAAAAAAAGCAUGAGACCACAAACUACGGAUUUUGGAUUAUAAAAAAGAAGAAAGCAUAUUAAGGAUGGGUUAGGAUAGGAUUUUUGUAAUAAACAAAUUAAAAAGAUACAUGGCGAA